AUGCUUGCAGUAUUCGAUUGUUGCUUCUCGACAGAAACCAUGGAUCAAUUCAAAUACAAGAAUUAUCUGGACAGCAUUGUGUUGCAGCUCCGUGAGCAGUUUGCAGAUUCUUCAUUGAUGGUAUUAAACUUCAGAGAUGAAGGAAAAAGUCUGGUUUCAGGCUUGUUCUCCCUGUACAGAAUUACAGUCAAAGAUUACCCCUGCCAAUACUUAGGAUGCCCAUUGCUUCCUUUGGACAUCAUCAUCCACUUCCUCAGGCUGAGCGAGAGGUGGCUUAUGUUUGAAGGGAAGCAAAAUAUUCUGCUAAUGCACUGUGAGAAAGGCGGAUGGCCAGUGUUGGCAUUUAUGCUUGCAGCUCUUCUUCUGUACCGGAAACAAUACAAUGGGGAGCAAAGAACUCUGGACAUGGUGUACAAGCAAGCACCCAAGGAGCUUCUUCAGAUGUUAACAACAUUAAAUCCACAGCCUUCUCAUGUUCGAUAUCUACAGUACAUAUGCAGAAUGGACUACGCGUUGGGGUUGCCCACACAACCUAUUCCUUUCACCCUGGAUUGUGUAAUUCUUAGAGGAGUACCAAAUUUCGAUGGAGUAGGUGGUUGUAGGCCAAUAGUUCGAGUAUAUGGGCAGGAUAUUCUAACGCUUGAUAGAGGUCGCAAUGCUCUUGCAACACCAUUCAAAGCCAAGAAACAUGUUAGGCGUUACAGACAGGCAGACAACAUGCCGGUGAAGUUAAAUGUGGGAUCCUGCGUCCAAGGUGAUGUGGUCCUUGAAUGCUUGCAUGUGGAUGAUGGCCUAGAAAAUGAAAGGCUAAUGUUUAGGGUGAUGUUCAAUACUUUCUUUAUCCAGUCUCACAUUUUACAGUUGAACUUUGAGCACAUUGAUGUCUCUUGGGAUGCUGAUUACCGGUUCACAAAGAACUUCAAAGCAGAGAGUUUGAUGCUGAAUCUGAUGCGUCUUCCGAAAUUGCAUCCGGUGAUGAUGACGACGACGAUGACGACGACUGUGGGGAUGAGAUAG